GCACACUGGCAUGCACUGGCACAGCUGGUUGUGUCAUCCAGUAUCAGCUGGAGAACGGUGCUUGUAGGCUUUCCUGUCCACCGUGAUCGGAAACGAGGUGAAUUGCCUGACCUGUGGAGCAAAUGUUCAUCCCCGCGUCCGGAGGUCCUUACUGAUAAAUAGAGAGUGAAAGGGAUAGAAUGAGAAAAGGCAACGACAGAGAGAAUAAUUUGUGCUUCUGCGUUUGAGUUUAGUGAAGUUGUGACAGUUUACAAACGCUAAAUGGAUUUCCACUUUCAUUGCACUCUCUAACAACGAGAGAGAGUGAGAGUGAGAGUGAGAGAGAGAGAGAGAGUGAGAGUGAGCGAGAGAGAGAGAGCGCGCGUCAAAGGUACAUCCAGCGUCUGUAAGAAGAGUCGCAGCGUCCUCCUCGAGCCGAAGUUUGAUCUCUGCGCGCAGACGACGGAUUCUAAUUCCACAAGUACGAUGCGUCAUCGGAAGUGUUUUGGAUAUGUAUGUGCCGCUGUUUACCUGUGGACGGCGUUCUGCUUUAAAGGUUGUGUUGGUGGUCAGUACCAGCGCAAGCUGUACAAGGAUCUGUUGAUUAAUUAUAACCGUCUGGAGAGACCAGUGUUCAACGACUCAGCUCCUAUACUGGUGGAACUGGGCUUCACACUGUUACAGAUCAUAGACGUGGAUGAGAAGAACCAGGUUCUGAUGACCAACGCCUGGCUGCAGCUGCACUGGACAGAUACUUACCUCUCCUGGAACCCAGAGAACUUCCCAGGUGUUCAGAACCUUCGUUUCCCCUCCAAUCAGAUCUGGGUUCCUGAUAUCCUCCUCUACAACAGGUACGUCCCUGUGUUACACCAUUACCAACCCCCCUCCAGGUACAUCCCUGUGUUACACCAUUACCCCCCCUCCCCUCCAGGAGCGGCUGUAUUAUUGACUGCUUGUAAGGAGCCCUACCCUGACGUCACCUUCACUGUCACCAUGAGGAGGAGAACGCUGUACUACGGUCUCAACCUGCUCAUCCCCUGUGUCCUCAUCUCUGGCCUGGCCCUGCUGGUCUUCCUGCUGCCUGCAGACUCUGGAGAGAAGAUCUCCCUGGGUAUCACUGUGUUGCUGUCUCUGACUGUCUUCAUGUUGCUGGUAGCAGAAAUCAUGCCGGCUACGUCAGACUCUGUUCCUCUCAUCGGCCAGUAUUUUUCAUUCGCCAUGAUGAUCGUGGGUCUCUCUCUCGUCGUCACGGUUCUCGUUCUACAGUUCCACCAUCACGACCCUCACGGGGUAAAGAUGCCUAAAUGGAUGCGAGUCAUCCUCCUCAACUGGUGCGCCUGGUUCCUCCGCAUGAAGAAGCCUGGUGAGGAACGCAAGACUACCACCCCCUCCACCGUCACCACCAACACCAAUACUACCCCCAGCUCCGCCACAGGAGGCUACAAGUACUCCCACCCUCCCCCUCACCACGCCAGCACCAGCUCCAUCCAGAUGGGCUCCAUCCCUGGGGGACAGCCCUCCAAUACAUCAACCACCAACGGCAACAUGAACCUGUACUUCGGCUACCACUCUGUGGGUAUGGGAGGGAUGGGAUCCUUAGGAGGGUCCCAUGAUAACCCCUGCUGCCCACCUAGCAGUGACUCUUCAGGGGUUGGGGUCUGCAGUGGAGGGGCUGGGGGUGGUAGUCAGACCACGGGGACAGGCGGAACGUGUUCCCCCAACGAGGCGCUAUUCUCUGACCGGGACGCGGGGAUCCUCCGGAGGUUGACGGUGGACCAGAUCCCGGAGAUCGGGCGGAUCCUGGAGGAAGUUCAUUUCAUCGCCCAGAGGUUCAGGGAGCAGGACGAGGGAGAGGCGGUCUGCAGCGAGUGGAAGUUUGCGGCGGCGGUCGUGGAUCGUCUUUGUCUCGUGGCGUUCACCAUCUUCUCCAUCAUCGGCACGUUCACCAUCCUCAUGUCGGCGCCCAACUUCCUAGAGGCUGUGACCAAGGAUUACCUCACCUAA